AUGCCUCCUCCCCCUCCGCCGCCGCCGCCGCCGCCCGGAGGACUAGGUGGUCCUCCCCCACCACCUCCUCCAGGAAGCUUGCCUAAUCGACCUUCUAAGGCUGAAGCAAAAGAUAGGAACGCUCUUCUUUCAGAUAUCCACAAAGGUGCCCGGUUGAAGAAGACGGUUACCAAUGAUCGAUCCGCGCCCCAGAUCUCAAGUUCAGGAGGAGUGUCGCCCGCACCGUCUGUUGGGGGUGCGCCGCCAGUUCCUGGGAUGAAGGCCCCGUCAGGGCUUGCUCCCCCAGUUCCGCCUAGCUCAGUUGCCAACAGAUUGCGAAGCAACAGUGAAGUAUCGGAGUCGGAUGAAGGGGUUGGCUCCCCGGCGGCACAACUCGGAGGUCUCUUUGCGGGUGGCAUGCCUAAGCUGCGCAGUCGUGGUGGUAUAGACACAGGCGCCAACCGAGACUCGCCCUAUAUGCCCGAGGGUGAUAUUCAGCCACCACCAGCAGCUCCAGCGCCAAAGCCUCCUUCAGCUCCUCAGCUGCCCGGAUCACGACCACCACCUCCUCCACCUUCUUCAGCGACCCCGCCUGCGCCACCUGUGAAUCCAUUGUUAGCCAACCUCAAGCGCCCUCCCCCUCGUCCUGGUUCAAGACCGUCGUCCACAUUCUCGAAUGCUUCGGCGGCGAGUGCGCCGGAAGUUCCUCCUCCACGCGCGCCUCCGGCACCUCCGGCUUCCCGCAAGCCUUCUGGACCGCCCCCACCUCCUCCAUCAGCCAGCCCGACAGCUCCUCCUCCGCUCCCUCCAUCUGCUCCUACUACAUCACGAGCUCCUCCCCCACCGCCGGCUGCUCCUGGGCGUCCGACUCUUCCUCCACCGCCCCCAGGAGCUCCGCCAUCGAUUGCAGCACAAGCUGCUCGCACUGCUCUCGGUCACAACAACGCCAGUUCGCUGACUGCAGCUCCCCCACCACCGCCGCCUGCGACUGCUCCUGCCGCCCCUCCGCCUCCUCCCCCAGUCUCAGCGCCUGCGCCUCCCUCCAUUGACUCGCCGUCUCGGCCCUCGCCACUUGCCUCGCGCCCUGUCUCACAUGAACCGCAUACUGCAUUGGAUCCUAGUGCGUAUACGCUUACAAAUGGUGGCUCGGCUUCUGCUCCUAGCUCUCGAACUACAUCCACAUAUGGUCCUGUCCGAAUAGAUGAUUCGCGGUUCAAAUUCCAGGUUGAAGGCUUGCUUCCGAAGCCCCGGCCGUUUGCUGGCGGACAACGUAUGUACCGCGCUGGGCGAGGCAGCAGUGUCCCCUUGGACUUAAGCGCGUUGAGUGGCUGA